AAAAAAAAAAAAAAAAAGAAGAAGAAAAACUAAAAAUAUCCCAGCCCACCAAGAACAAGAAUGCCAAGACUGCAAACUUUUAUGUCACUGUAAAUCGCAGUGUGUGCCCUGCGAGCGCCUUCUCAGUGACAUCACGGCGUUAUCUCGGCAGGGCGUGGGCAGCGGGAGAGCGGCGGCUGCUCCUCCUCGGCACGGCUCUGCCCCGCUGCACGCCGCCAAAGAAGACGAGAAACCCUCUCCAUUUGCACCUCUUCAAUGAGUAUCAGACAUGGAUGCUUUCCAAACGAUCCUCAAGUUCUUUAUGAACCGGAAAACCGCUAUAGGUUACAGUUUUAUGGCGCUGCUGACAAUGGGAGGCGAACGCGUGUUUUCUCUUGUUGCUUUCAGAUGCCCUUGUAGCAACGAAAACUUCAGGUACGGUCUGGUGUUUCUCUUCUCGCCAGCUCUUGUUUUGCUAGUUAUUGGAUACUUCUUGAACAGCAAGACCUGGAAACUCUUUACAGGCUGCUGGGGAAAUCCCAGGAAAAUAUUCCCCAGAGGGAAUGUCUGUCAUUUCUUUUACGUUUUUGGACAAAUCACUUUAAAUGCAAUGGUAGCUCCAGUGAUGUGGCUUUCUGUGGCUUUGCUCAACGGGACUUUUUACGAAUGUGCCAUGAGUGGCUUGGACAACCCUGCCUACUUAAAAGCAGUUUGCUACAGAAAAUCUGAGMAGUGCUUUGGAGARCUACACAAGGUAGCCUGUGACAAAAGCUCCAUGCCUUUUUCAGAGAGUGAUGAACUGAAACGAACGCUUCAAGCACAGUCUCAGAUUUUAGGCUGGUGUGUGAUAGUUAUCGCAGCUCUUCUCUCCCUGCUAACCACUUGCUGUGCCAGCUGCCAGUCAAAAGUCAGCCACCUCCAGCUGAUGUUCUGGAGAGAAUACGAGAGGACAGAGAAGGAGCAGCUGGAGGAGAUUUUCCAGCUGUAUGCCACCAAGCUGAGCGAGCGAAACCUGAAGUGCUUUUUUGAAAACAAGGAGCCAGAACCCAUUUCCCUGCCUACUUUUCAGGCAUGGGAAGAUGCUUCCCAGCUCUACUCUUUCAACAGCAGCAAACAGCAUUAUAGCACGAUUCACAGGCUAGUUGAAGAAGGACAGAAAGGAAUCAGUGAGCAAAGAGAGACAAUGCUGGACUUUGCAGACAGAAGGGAAAUACCAUAGAUUAAGUACAUUUUCAGCCUWUUUGUAUGUUGUUAAUAUGGCAUAUUUCUAGCUGAUUUCUCUAUUUUUUUUUCACAAUGGUCUCUUUCUUCUUCAUUAUGUUCCUUUCCAGUGAGAUACUUGCUCCAGAGGGAUGGAAUGAAAUUAUUUCCCAACAUGAGUGAAUGGGCUGCAGUGCUCCGUGGCACCCAAUGUUCAUGUCACUGGUUCUGCAUCAACAGCUGACAGCAAAAAGAGAUGAAUAAUGACUUCUCCAAGUUUUAACAAUAUUCUAUGUAAAAUGUGCUACAGUGUACUCAUUCUAUGUAAAUCAAGAGRCUAUAAAUAGGUAAAGCCAUUUAAAGGGUGUCAAUAACAGAAGAUGUGUGUGGUUUUCUGACAGCCCACAGAAAGUGAAGGUUUUCUAUCCAGGUCAUUUCCAGGCCAAUUGCAGGUACAGYCUUGUUUUGAGGCACCAGUGAUCCCCUCAAGGCUUCUGUGUCUUUGGAUAUUUUCCCUCUGUAGAGCAUCUCCCUAUUAUCUUCUCCCACUCCAGAAUUUCUCUUUGUAUGGAAAUAAAGUCCUAGUUUUGAGCAAGUUUCAUGCACUGGGUGCUGCCUGUAGAGCUAUGUAAUAUUGUUUGUAUUAGGCCUGUAGCCAGUGUGCAACAGAGAGCCUGGAAGGAAAUUACACAUUUUAAGUAAAUAUUUUUGCAGAAGAUUGAUUUUCAUUUUUUUUUUUAAUAUCUCAGGAAAACUUAGUAUCUGGAGCAAGAAGAACCAGCAGGCAAGGCAACUGCAUAGUCAGUGCCUCUGACAAAUGCAUUUUACCCCAGAUCAUCAUGCUUUACCUCACCCAUUUGGAAUUCAUCACGUGGCUCUCACGCAGGGUGUUCAGAGUAUUCUUAAAUGCUGUAUAAAAGGAGAACAAGGUUAUUUCUCUUGGGCUGGCUGGGCAGGCUUUUGUGCAGCAUUUUAUUGCCAGUCUCUCCGACUCUGCAAAGAAUCAUAUUUUUGCUGGGCUUGAAUCAUGCUCUUCUCAAMAAACCAGGGUAUUCUGCCCAGCUGUUCUCUGCUUCUUCAGCAGGUGAAAGCAUCUAUGUGCAUAUACAGACCAUUACUCUUUUUGAAAUAAAAUCCAAAAGCUAAUUCAACUCUCUGCCUAGAAUCUUCUCUAUAUGUUUCCAAGAACUUGUGAGCUCUGAGAAAAUGUUUUUAAGUUCUUUUAUCCCAGAUGAUCCACUUAGCAGCACACUUACAACAUGUUAUACACUUCAAUGCAUGUGCUGCAGCUGAAAGCACAGAUGCAACGCUGCCAAAAUGAAAGUCACCACAGCAGAUGUGUCUGACACUGUGCCUGGCACAUACACCAACCAUUUUCUCCCCAGGAUCCUCUCCUGCUAUUGCAUCUACCUACUUCCAGGGUAUAUGACCCUUCCCAUUUGACUGGUUUUAUCUUUCCUUUGCCCCAACAUCCUCUGUCCAGCCCCAUUUCACCUCCUUCCUUCACAUGAUAGGAGAGGAGACCCCCCCUAAUAGGACUGCCCCGUUAUCUGGACCAAACUUCUCUUUCCAAAACUGUCUUUCCACUCCUUCCUCAGAAAAUCAAAGCAAGUAGGGAUGCAAUGGGGAAGACAACAAGUUGGUCAAUGAGUUGAUCAAAGAAAUUUCAGAAACAAGUGGGUUGAUGUAAAAAUAAGGCCUCCAGUGUGAUAUAAUAUCUGGGACACAGAGGCAAAAGCAUAGGUGGGAGAGGGAAGGGUGGGAGGAUACUCAGAGAUUUGGGCACCCUCCUUUCCCUCAGAAGCUCAGGGCUCUGCACCUGAGRAGCCUGGGCCAUUGAAGUGACAACACUUCCCAGCCCUGUCUUCUGCUUUCUUGUGGAGGGGCAAAUCCAAGGUGCAUUCCCCUCUCCUCCUCCUUCCUUGGUUCAUGUUUGCAGGUAACUCACACUGAGUGUGUCUCCACUCUCAAAAGCAGCUGCUGAACACCUUGUGCUGCAAUGUGUGCCUGACAGGAGCCCACUGGUCCUCAUUCCCAGGGCUGUGUGAUUCUUUUAUGUCACCAAAAUGCCUGUGAGUUAAUGCAAUUUCCAUGUGGAUGUUGGAAUGCUUCCAUAAAAACAGACAAAAAUAAAAGCCAGUUUGAUCCAAUCUUUUCAGCUGGAAUGUGGGUUUGGCAAAUUUAACUUUGUCUUUCAAGGGGCUAUUGCAAAAAYUAAUUUCUGUCAACAUUGUCCCUAAAUUCAGCAGCUACCAUGGCAGAUCAGAAGGAGACAGACUAUUGUCAACACUGUCCAAAACAAACUGGAGAGAGGGAAAAAAAACCUCAAAAAAAACCCCACAAAAAAACCAAAAAACCAAACCAAAACACCAAAACCAAAUAAAACCAAACAGCAAGAUCAACAUUUUCUGCUGGAAAAUUUAGAUUUUGCAUUAAUGGUUUUUUUUCGAUACUCAUCGAAAUAUGAGUACACAAGUAAACAGGAAACUUCUGUUUAAUUCUUUGUGCUCUGUCCCUCAGUUUACUCGUUAAAAUUCUCUUAACUCUUCUUCCACUACACAUCWGCYGYUCCAUCAAACUUGAAGUCUUUGUUWAAUAAGAAUAAAGACUUUUUAACCAUGCUAMGCCCUCAUAUGCUUUCAAUUUAGUUUCAGCUGUACUUUGCAUCAUGAUAUGAUKAAUCUGUCCAAAUUCCAUUGUUUUAAAAUUUCCUGUGUAAAAGAGAACUUGCAUGGAAACUAUGCAAAGGAAGUAGUUGGUUUUGCAAUAGAACACCAAUUAAGUCCAAAUUGCAAAGCUAUAAAGUAAAAAAUGUGAAAAUAUCUUGGCAGGAACAAUAAUUUAAGUACAUAGAUAAGCAAUUUAAUGAAUGUAAAUGAUUUUUUUUAAAACCAUGGUAUAACUGGACAGCAACUACUUUAAAACUACUUACAGYUUCUCAGAGGAUAAAACAAAGAUCUUUUCAGUCUUUGUGACUCCAAAAGACUGGAAAGGAAAAUUAAGGAGGUGGUUUAAAAGUUGCAUCCAUAAAUCUGUCUCAUUUUUAUCUAUUAAAUGGAAGAAAAAAGAUUAUGUGUUUAGACACAUAUAUAGGGUUGCCUGCCAUCAAAAGUAUGUCCAUAUAAAGCAAAAUCUCUCUUUUGAAAACAUUACUUGCAACUCUAUGACAUUAUGUUGCUUAAUGAGAAAAUGAGAUCUAUGCAGUCAGAAUUAAAAAUGUAUCAUUGCCUUUUUUCAAAGUCUCAACCAGCAUUCCAUCUCUCUCAAGCAGCAAAAACAAAAUUCAUCAACAUUUUGAUGGUGCUCAAACACAGGGUAGAAUUAUUGAAAUAUUCAGGAAGCCACUAACUAAUCAGUCCCUCUACAUACUACUGGGGACUUUUCACUAYGAAAGAUUUCAUGAAUGUCCUGAUGCCAAGAAAGUAAGCACAGACUGUUAAAAAAAUUAAACCCAUGAUUUCAGACAGCAUAASAGCAAGAUUAAUGAAGGACCAGAAUUAAUCUGCUUAAAAGGGGAAAGGCAGCCAAAAUAAUAUUUCUGCUAGCAUACUUUUCAUUCUUAGUAUUUUUUCCAGUCAGUGUUUGGAAAGAGGAAGAUGCUUUAAAGGUCUUGCCAUYUGUUGCCGAUUCCAAACUUCUCUUAUGAACUUUUCUUUAUCUUCACAGCAGCACUUCAUUUUUCAGUUUACUGUCUACCACUUAGSACAGCAACCUGCAGUUUGCAUUUCCCUCUCCCUGCUAAGAUCUGAAAAACAUACCAGCGUCAUAAAUCCUGCCAGCUUCUGUCAGWCCUUCAAACUGGCCACAUGUCAGGGGCCUUGUGUGGCCCACAUUUCACGACAAGGGGAAUCACCUCUCUUGUCCUACAGCUCUGGGCUGGGGGGUGACAUGGUUGGAUUACCCCAUCCCUUGUUACUCCCGGGGAGCUCCCUUGAAAAAGCUCCAGAGGUGUCYAUUUCCUGCAUUCACGGGGUACUGAGUAUUCACAAUUAAGCUCAUCUCUGCAGCCACUGCUUUUCAGGAACAGAUCUAUCCUUAGGCUCUGUUUAAUCCAGAGGUGGAGCCUGGGAGCCAGCACCAGCUUGCUCUGGACCAGAGGGUGUGAUCUGGCUGCUUCCACCUCUGGCACACACAAACACCUCCUGGUGCUAGAGAAAGUAGUACAAAGAUUAGACCUAAAAACAGAAGCUGUUUAUUUUUUGCAACUCAUUUGGCCUGAUCAAUUAUACCAAGAUCCUACUAUCAGGAAUUGAAUAAAAAAAUUGAUUUUGCCAGAUUAUAGAGCAAAAUUAUUACCCUCAUUUCAAAAGUAAUCCUGUUAUACUCAGAUCCAAAUUCUGAAUCCCAUCUUGGACAUUGCUUCCUCAGCUAGGCUUUGUUCUUAAUACCAUUCCUCAGUUGGUUUCCAUUUUUUAUCCCAAUUCGCCAGAUAGCCUACCCUUACAUGUCCAGUUUCGUCUCUUUUUUAAUUCAAACCCAAUUGUAAGCAUGCCAAGUCACAGGACCAACAUGAGAAGUCGGUGAACACCAUGGGAACUCAGUGUAGAAGGGCUCACUUUGGCUCCUCACCAAARCUUGUUGGCCCUUCUCCAGCCCACUAUAAGGCAGAAGUUUUAAAGCUUAGCAGUCUGAAGCAAUGGUGGAAGUUUUAAGCCCCCAGUCACYGCCUUCAGUGCACCUUUCCUCCAGUAUUUAUUUCUUAAUCUGGGAAAUUGGCUUUGUAGUCCUCAUUUUAUG